CCCGUCCCUGAUCCAUCCGCCAUUUCCGCGGGUGCUGGCGACGGAGUCUUUCUGCAGAUGAUUACAAUCAGCUCUCGUUCUAGAAGACGCUCUCUAGUGUCAGGGACGACGCAUUCCGAAAAGUGGAGCCACGCCACCGCUCUCAGCGCCGAGUGUGAUUGGUACGUCGCUAUCAUACGAUGGAGACACGAGCUUCGCCGAAACACGAUAUCGCGUCGGCGAGGGCAUCAGAUUGCCGGAUCCAGCUCGUUUUCGAGCCGUUCGCGCGCACGCAGGUCGCUUUCAGGAGUCUGCUGACCGAUCUCUGACUUGGCCGGUGUCUCGAUGGACCCUGUUGAUCUGGUAACGAAAAAUUUCCAGCGUAGCUAGCUCGGAAUCACAGUGUACAUACAUUAUUGGGCUUGUCACCCUCUUCCGAAAGCUUUCCGAACGCUCAUUUCUGUUGAUAGCUGGCAUCCUUGACCUUCGACGACAUUCUUUCUGUCCUGCUUCAUCCAGACAUCUUUGUCCUUGCUUCCGGCACCGUGCUUGUUGCCUUUGCCAUUCUGACCUUGCGCCAAGUCACCUGCGAAGACACUUCUCUUUAAUUAUUUCUGUCCGAAACCUCACAUCGGCUGCAUCCUUACGCUGUCAUCUUGUCCCUCGCGCCCCACGACGACGGUAAUUUACCAUGGCCACCGCAGCGGCAGCUCGGUCUUUUGCUCGCAACUCUCUGCGAACUUCGACGUCCGCCUUCCAGACUGCCACUCGUGCAAGCAGCUCCCGCUUCGCACCCGUUGCCCGCCAGGCGUUUCGUCAGCAAUCCCGUCGCGGCUACGCUUCUGAGGCAAGCCCCAAGUCUGGCAGCAACGCUUGGAUCUACGGCUUAGUCGGCGCAGGUGCCGUCGGAGGUGGUGCCUACUACCUCUACACGCAGAAUGCCUCCACCGUAGAAAAGGGUCCGUUCGUGCCGCAGUUCGAGGACUACCAGAAGGUCUACAAUGCGAUCGCGAAGAAGCUGGAAGAUGAGGACGACUACGACGAUGGCAGCUACGGCCCUGUUCUUUUGCGACUUGCAUGGCAUGCAAGCGGCACCUACGAUGCCGAGACGAAGACAGGCGGCAGCAAUGGCGCUACCAUGCGCUUCGCACCAGAGAAAGAUCAUGGUGCCAACGCUGGCCUAGCCGCGGCCCGUGAUUUCCUCGAGCCGAUCAAGGAGCAGUUCCCUUGGAUUUCGUACUCCGAUCUGUGGAUUUUGGCCGGCGUCUGCGCCAUCCAGGAGAUGCAAGGCCCGACCAUUCCUUUCCGACCUGGUCGUGCUGACCGCGACGUGUCGUUCUGCACUCCCGAUGGUCGUCUUCCGGACGCGAGCAAGGAUCAGAACCACAUCCGCGCCAUCUUCGGCCGCAUGGGCUUCAACGACCAGGAGAUGGUCGCUCUGUGUGGCGCCCACGCCCUUGGUCGCUGCCACACCGACCGCUCCGGCUACGACGGCCCCUGGACGUUCUCUCCAACCGUGUUGACAAACGAUUACUUCAGGCUCCUUCUGGAGGAGAAGUGGCAAUGGAAACGCUGGAACGGUCCGAAGCAGUACGAGGACAAGAAGACCAAGUCGCUCAUGAUGCUACCAACGGACAUGGCGCUCGUCCAGGACAAGAAGUUCCGAUCUGUGGUCGAGAAGUACGCAAACGACAACGAGGCCUUCUUCCAGGAUUUCUCAAAAGCCGUGACCAAGCUUUUCGAGCUUGGCGUGCCGUUCACGACGAGCGAGGAGGAACGCAUGAGAUUUAAGACGCUGGCGGAACAGAACCCGUAGGGAGCUGCGUGAGUUUGCCCAUGGCGCGCUUUGGUUUUUUUCUGUACUUUGGAAGUUUAUCGCACGACGGUUUCUCCACUGGCCCCUCCAAAAAUAAUACUCGCGGCAUGAGUUCGAGACUGGUUGUCAUUUCCUACUGAUCCGAAUCCUGAGCAAGGAGUAGUAUAUCCACAUUUGUAGACUUUAGAAAUCGCGUUGGCAUCAAAUAUUCACACUUCAUUCUAAGAAAAAAAAAACCAAAACAAUAUUUCCACGUUUCUUAUUUUUUUUUUCCUCGUCAUGACCAAAUGCCAAUUGAGACGACGGAAAGAGCUUGGAACGGAAAGCCAUUUCAUUAGUGUAUUAUCAACAUGAAGUCCU